AUGGUCUUGUAUUCCACCGCAAGGGGAGGUGCAUUACCUGGUCAGCUAACAAAGCUUGGACAGGACCAGAUGUAUAUCAAGGGCCGGUUACUACGACAACAGUAUAUAGAGGAGGCCAGUCUCUUGGAGCCUGAAUUCAAUCCAGAGCAGGUUUAUAUCCGCUCCACCAAUAUCAAACGGACUAUAGCCACAGCGAGGUGCAUUCUAGCAGGGAUGUACGGUAGAGACAAUCUUAACAAAUUACCAAAGGCACCGGUGAUACACGUAGAGAGGUUAGAGGUUGACCCGCUGAUCCCUCAGACGGGGUCGUGCCGGACCCUGCGGCAGAUUAACCAUGCAGCGAUGAUUCACGGGGGCGAUAUACCUGGGAUUAAAGAAGACAGACUGUUGGUGGAAGAGUUACUGGGGAUAAAGGAGCCAGACUCUGAUAAGAAACACAAGAUCAACUUCAUUGACAUAAGAGAUGAUAUAGCAGCCAGAGAGACACAUGGCCUUCUAGAGGUCAAGUCCUUGGCCCCUCUGCGAGAAGUGAUUGAAAUCAAUGCCAGUAAAGUCAUGUUCUUUGCCUUUUGCGGCCAACAUGAAGCGGAACAACAGGUCGCAAUGCAGCUUUCUACUGGUCCUGUAUUGAAGAUGUUGAUAGAGACUAUAGACAGUUCAGAGAAUGAUAGAACCAAAUUCUACCUCUACUCCUGCCACGACUCCACAUUGGUGGGUCUCCUUGGAGCCCUUGACGUGUACGACUAUCAAUGGCCGCCCUUUGGGGCUGACAUACGGUUAGAGGUCUACAGGAGGGAUGGCAACCAGUUUAUACGUGUCUCAUAUAAUGGAAAGGAUGUGAAAGUUCGUGGCUGCAGCAGUGAGUUGUGUCCCUUUGAAGAGUUCAAGGAAGCCAUGGGGCCUUAUGUGAUCAAUGAGUCUCAGUUCAGGCAGAUUUGUGAUUCAAAUAUUCUAGAAGAAAUUGCACAAGCAAGUGGUGUAGAUACUAGCAAAACAGAAGAAAUGCUAGCUCAGGAGAAAGACGAAGAAGAAGACGAAGAAACAGCAAAACGUUCCGAUACACCAGCUGGAAUGUAGUUUACACAUUAUUUGCUGGAGUUCAGCCAACACAUCAUCUUGUUGAGGGUAGCCUACACAUUUUUGUGUGGGAUGUUUUACCUUUUCAUCAUCAUGUGGAGUGAAGCCUGGGUGGAUUAUAGCCAACACAUCAUCUUGUUGCAUGUAGCCUUCACAUCAUGGACUUUAGCCCACUCUUUAUUGUGUGGAGUGUAUCCUACAUAUCAUCAGUUGGAAUUUUUAUUUAUCAGUCUGCAAAAUAAUAAGCUUUUCAGGCCUGUUGCCUUAGAAAAGUCAUAUGCCCGAAAUGUAUUUUGCAAAAAUAUAGGAAACUGCUUGCUUUUAGUUUUAUUCUCAAGAAAAGGUGGCAGAAAACAUAAACAAGAUAAUAAAUCAUCCCAACAUCCUUGUUCUCCACUAUGAAUUAAAAAAUAAAUUAUUGCUGAAAUGUUUGUGACUUAUUUGAAUGCUUGUUAAACAAAAAGAACUGCAAAAUGAGUUAGUCUAAAUAAUGUAAAUGUGUACACUGGAAGAUUCUUUGACAACUUCCAUUUCAGAAAUUGUGAAAGGUCUCUACAGACAAAGAUUAUUUGUAUUAAAAAAAUUAGUAAUCAUUUAUUUAAUGGUUUAUGCAAGCGAUCUGAGUCAAAGCACGAAUAUUUAAAUUAAUUAAUAAUUAUUUACACUUUAUUUCCUCCAUCUUGAAAUUAAAUUCGACCCUUCCACAAAGUUCUACUUGGCUUUGAUUAAGCUGUCAUUGCUGUACAAGGAUUUUAUAAUUAAUUGCAUACAAGUCAGAAUUGUUAAUUAACCAAGGGAAUCGAGUUUCUGUAAAAAAAACACACAACAUUUAUCACCUUCUAUAAGUGCACUUAAUUAACCCAU